UCAAUCCGUUAUAGUGACAGCUUGGAUUGUUACCGUAUGUUUAAGUGAACGGCAAGUUGCUAAUGAUGCCAAAAAUUGAAAUUCCAACUUUUCCGGAACACUGGAAUACAGCUAACCUCGUAAAUUGGAUCAAUUCUAGGAACGAACCUAUUAAGACUCUAUUAGAAGCAGUUGAAGCAGAAAUUGACGAGGCAGAAAGUUCACUGGUGAAGAUAAGAACUGAAUUUGAGCGCACCAAAAACGACGAAAGCAAUUUGGAGGAAUGUGCUAGAUCUUGCGCCGAACUUCGUGAGCGCCUAAAAAUGGUAGUGGAUGCACAUGCAAAGGAACAGCUUGCCAAUGAAUUUGAUGCAAUCGCGAUAUAUGAUAAAGCGGAUAGACGUGCAACCGAUCUCAUCAAAAUUUUGAUGGCUCGUAAGUUAUGGAAGGAAAAUGUUAUUAUUAUUGAAAAUUUGGACGGAAAUGAACCAGCACCAGAAAAUGUUGUUAUCAAUUUGCAAAAAGCAUAUGAAUCUCUUUCUGAGUUCCUGGAUGUUCCAGAACGAGCAGAUUUUCUGGAAAAAGUAAAAGAUGUUUUCUUAAGUUGGUAUUCGACGCGCAUUGUAUUAGCAAUACAAUCGGAAACACCGGUGGAUGAUCUGUUGCCGAUCAAACAAAAAUAUGAGAUGUUGCGAAGAAUUGAAGAUUUUAAUAACGUUAUAAGACAUUACGUGGAAGGUGAGAAUAAAUUUAGUUUUCAUACGACUAAUAAUUUAUCCGAUUUGUACUUGGAUACCCGUGGUAUCAUUAUUUCGAAUUAUAAACGGCUAAUGGAUGGAUGGGUAGAAAAAGUUCUCGAUGCUCCGGAUGUUUUCUUGUCCAAUACAUUUAGCGAAGCUAUCCUAAUGCGAGAAAAAGAAAUCAAGGAUGCAUGUACAGCUACAAUUGGAAUGACUUUAGAAAAUGAUCCAUCUGGUUCGCAAACACUGAAAAUGAUUUUAGAAUUCAGAUUGGUAGUGUCACAGUAUAUUUCACAUCCUGAUGAUGACAAAUCCAUAGCAAAAUGCAUUACACAAUUUGGCGAACUUCUCCUGUUCUUUACAGCCGAUGAAUACACGAAGCUGGCGAUAUCAUUCCUGGCCAAUUGUUCGAAUAUUUCACUAGAUUCUACACAUACAUUUGCAUGCUUGGAACAACUUUUUAAUAGGCUAUCACAGCUUAUCGAGGAAAGUAAUUAUUUGUUGCAAAUGGCCAAAGAAACAUUUGGCAAUAUUGGAAUUAUUUUUUUGACUCCUGCAUUUCGGACAAUGUAUGAAAAUGUAAUAUCGAUGUUGGAUAAAUUCUAUAAAACGCAUAUGAAUAAGAGUAAUAUUAAAGACGAAGAUGUUUUGCGUUUGGUGAGCAUAUCAGGACAGCUUUUGACAUGGAUUGAUAAUGAUAAGCAACGUCUGAAAGAUAUGUCUGAACAAUUAGGAGUCACUGACACAGAUCCUGCUAUCAGCAGAUUGUCAGAGAAGUUGUUCAACGAGAUUUCAAAUUUUCAAAGCAAAUCGUCCGCUAAAGGAGAAUGUGAUAUUACCUUGGUAAAAGCGCGUGCAGAAGUCCGGAAAAUGAACAAGCGAUUUAUUGCGCGUACUGUUGAAGUGCUUUCAUGCACCCUCGUUACAGAUAUGGAAAGUGGCUUGAGAAACAUUAUAUCGGAUAAAAGUACUGAGAAUGUGAAAAUGCAAGAAAGUGUACCAUCAUUUGGAACCUCACCCAACGAAUUCGUAACAGCAGCUGGUGUGGCACUCCUUUCCUUGGCUCAUCAGUUGUCUGCCUAUUCACAGGAUAGCAAUAUGGCUUCAGCUAUUAUGUUUGCUGCAAAAUUAGAAACUAUAGACGAUAUUCCAUCAUGGUGGAUUGGUAAAUGUGCAGUUGUUGUGCAAGAAUGCUUUGUUGAUACAGUUGGUGAUAUUGAUGAAUAUUCAAGUUCGCUAUGUCGACAACUUUCAGUUGAUUAUACAUAUUUAGCUGAUGUAUUCGAGGAUUUGGGGACGACAAAGAUACCGGAUUUUGUUAAUAUGCGACAAAUGUUCGUUAAUGCUGGAUAUCUUGAAUAAGAUUAUGCUCAUUUUCUCUAUUGAGACAUUGCCCUGGAGAAUAAUUUUCUAAGUAUUUCUGUAUUUUAUCAUUUCUAGAAAAAAUCUGUAAUGAUUUUUUUUCUUUUAAUCUAUUGCUUUGAAUGGCUGAUUGAUCAAUGUGCAGUUGUUAUCAAUAAUAUUGAUUGAUCAAUGUUGGUAAUUUACUAGUCGUCCUAUCAAAUUUUCUUUCGUUGUCAAUAGGAUGAACGAAAAUAACAUCUUACCAUAUUGUUCAAUGAAGCAAUUAUAAUUGAAAUAUGUACUUCCUUUGUAAUUUUAUGUUUGCUACUUCAUCUUUG